AUGGGUUCAAGAAAUAGUAAAGGAGCCGUAGAAAAAUCAGAACUAGUUGAUGAAGUAUCAAUUGAAAAAUUGGAACAUCACCACGGAAAAUAUGGAGAAUAUCCCAAAACUGACGAUUUUAUGAUAAUUAUGAAAUAUGCAUCAGACGGUAGUCUUCGUCAGUAUUUGAAUAAAAAUUUUAAAAACUUAAAAUGGGGACCAAAAUUAAAUAUCAUACGGACAGCAGCCGAAGGUCUUUAUAAUAUUCAUAAAGCAAAUUUAAUUCAUAAAAACCUUCAUAGUGGGAAUUUAGUAAUUGAUAAUGGUAUUAGUUCAUAUAUCACGGAUUUUGGUAUAUAUAAACCAUCCGAUUGUGAAUCACAGGAAAAACCCCAAAAUCAAAUAUUUGGCGUGUUGCCAUACGUUGCUCCUGAGGUUCUUUAUGGUGAAGAAUAUACACAAGCAGCUGAUAUAUAUUCAUUCGGAAUUCUUAUGAAUGAAGUAGCAUCAGAAUUUCCUCCUUACUAUAAUAUUCCACAUAACAAUAAUCUUGCUUUACAAAUUAGCCAAGGUUACCGUCCCGAAAUAAAAGAGAAUUAUACCCCUCAAUUAAUUAGUGAUCUAAUUAAAAGAUGCUGGGAUGCAAGACCUGAGCUUCGACCGACAGCACAAGAAUUGCACGAUGUUUUUGGAAGUUGGUAUCGUGACUAUGAUGAUAAGAAAGAAUUUCCUGAGCUGUGGAGUCAAAUUGAAGCAAUUGAAAAGUUACAAUCUUCUGAAGAUUUCUCAAUUAACACAUCGAAUAAUGAUAGAGCUACAAAAGCUUAUAUCACACACCAUCAGGCCUCCUAUACAAGUUGCGCUUUAAGUUUCGCAAAUCUUUCACAACCUGUAAAUGCGUCUGAUAUCAUUGUCUAA